AUGUUCAUCGGUGGGCUGAAUUGGGAGACGACUGAUGAAUCGCUUAAGAACUACUUCACACAGUUUGGCGACGUUCUCGAAUGCACCGUCAUGCGUGAUGGCCAGAGUGGACGUUCGCGUGGCUUCGGCUUCCUCACGUUCAGGGAUCCGAAAGUCGUCAACACUGUUAUGGUCAAGGAGCACACUCUUGAUGGCAAACUCAUCGACCCGAAACGUGCCAUCCCGAGAGACGAGCAAGAACGCACAGCCAAGAUCUUCGUGGGUGGUGUCAGCCAAGAUGCCAGUCAAGAUGACUUUGCCAAUUUCUUCCGUCAGUUCGGCAACGUUCUCGACGCCACUUUGAUGAUGGACAAGGAAACCGGUCGUCCUCGUGGCUUCGGGUUUGUCACCUUUGACAGCGAACAGGCCGUCGAUCGUACACUGGAAGGUCCACUCGCCAUCUGCAACAAAUCCAUCGAGGUCAAGCGCGCCCAGCCUCGUGGUGAUAUGCGUGAGGCCGAUGCUGGCGCAGGCCGCGGUGGAGGCAAGUUUGGGCGUCGUGGUCAGCAAGACAAUUUCAACCAAGGCGGUCCUGGCAAUGGCGGUGGCUUCCAGCAGAGCCCUAUGGGUGGCGAAGGCGGUCAGGGUGGCAACAACAUGAGUCCCGCCAUGAUGGCACAGUACUGGCAACGCAUGCAGCAGUACUUCUCCAUGAUGCAGCAGCAGAUGAACAUGUCUUCGGGCGCGGGCAUGAUGCAGAAUCCACAGAUGAUGCAGAUGAUGCAGCAGAGGGGUAUGAACCCGCAGAUGAUGCAGCAGAUGGCUGCUAUGCAGGGUGGUCAGGGUAAUGGUCAGGGUGGCUUCCCUGGUAUGGGCAAUAAUGGGCAGGCAAACGGCAUGCAGUCGCCUGGAGGCACGCCUGCUGCCCAAGCUAGCGGAUUCAAUGCUCAAGAGCAAAUGAUGUUCGAGCAGAGGAAGUAUGAGCAGCAGGCUAUGCAGAUGGGCCAAGGUGGUGGCAACUUCGGCGGUAAUGGUGGUAACGGCGGUAACGGCACCUGGGAGGGCAUGUACGACGAUGUCCCAGCACCAGCUGGCAUGCAAGGUGGCAUGCGCGGCGGCUUCGGGGGCCGUGGUCGCGGCGGUAAUCGCAACUCUAACACUCCUGCCCCUCAAGCUCCAGCCAAUGCUCCCACGGGCCCGAAGAACGCAGGUGGUGGUGGAAGAGGUGGAGGCAAUUAUCGUGGCGGCGGGCGUGGUGGACAUCGUGGCUUCCACCCUUACGGAAACCGAGGCGGCGGUGGUGGAUAG